AUGCUUGGCGCCAUCAUUUCCGCGCUCAGCCAAAUGCACGCAGGCUCGGUCCCGCUACGGGUGGUGCUCGGCGAGGCGCAUGACGCCGACACCUUUGUCGAGCAACUCGUCGUCGUCAUCUCGCUCGACGACGCAGCCAGCCAGCGGAUCCCACGAUCACUCGAAGCCUGCAUGAGUGAGGGCAUAGCCGAGGCCAAGGUGCGCAUAGCUGAGGCCAAGGUCGGAGUGGCCGAGGCCAAGGUCGACGAGGCCGAGGCCAAGGUUGACGAGGCCGAAACCAGGGUUGACAAGGCCGAGGCUAUGGUCGGUGUGGCCGAGGCCGAGAUCCGGGUGGCCAAGGCCAAGGUCGGGGUGGCCGAGGCUAGGCACGAGGCAGUGAUUGGCGCACGGCAUGCUGGAGUCGCAACGGAUGCCGACGUGGCCGAGGCCAAGGUCGGGGUGGCCGAGGCCAAGGUCGGGGUGGCCGAGGCUAGGCACGAGGCAGUGAUUGGCGCACGGCAUGCUGGAGUCGCAACGGAUGCCGACGUGGCCGAGGCCAAGGUUGACGUGGCCGAGGCCAAGAUCGGGGUGGCCGAGGCCAAGGUUGUCGUGCUCGAGGCCAAACUGCGCGAAGCGACUGCGUGUGACGCCAGCGAGGCCGAGAUCGAAUCAAUCACGACACGACUCAAACUCGCCUCGCAAGAACUGACCCAUGCCUCGCCGGCUAACGAGAAGCUCCACCCGCAGAUCGGCAUUAUUCAGCCGCACGGGGCAGCCUCCAAGUCUAGGGCAAAGGGCUUUGCGUCACACCUAUCGCCGGUCUCGGAUCCGGCAGCACUCUACCCUCUGCUGGUGACCGGGCACCUGAAGAUGGUUGGAUGGCCGGAGCAGGAGAGCCAGUCACCUUCGGCAAGCAGUGGAGCUUUGUCCGUGGCCGAUCUUGCCAGUGGGCCGGAAGACCUCGGCAGUGGCGCUGCUGCCUCUCCGCCCACUUGCCAGUUUGUCGAGCUCGACCACAACGUCGCCCUGGGAAUGUUUAGCCGCGUUGGUAACCUGCAGGCUGCUACGCAAAAGGCUGUGCGUGACAUCACCCAAUCUCUCUGGCCUCUGACCUUCCAUCUCGAACGCACUUUCCUCUCGGAGCUCACGUCGUCGCUUUACGUCUUUCUUCGCGACGAGAUCUCGACUCCUUUCCGACAUCGAGCAGAUCUCGACAAGGUCAUUGCCAGCGCGACAUCAGUCGAGCGCGCAACAACGCGUUUGGCCGCUAUCACGUCGGAGCUGGCCCAGUCCGGAUCGUCGUCGUCACGUCCAGACUCAAACCGUCGGGCAACCGAGCUGCUUGCCGCGAUGAUCGAGGCGGAGGAAGAACUGACCAACCCGCAACUGGAGCAGAUUCCGGUUCGGGUGACGAAUGCGCGCGAGAGCCGCGAAGACUCGCAUGAUCCCAGUUCCUCGGACGCACGCAGUGCUGAUGCUGUUGUGUUCAACCGAAGCCCACUGCGGACGUGGAUGUGGGUCGAACACCCGGUACUCCGCAACGCGCAGCCGGACGUACUCUGGGGCCUCCACUCCCAGCAGGUCAAGCUCGGCUUUGGCAUCUUUGAGCCCGGCAGUUCCUCCAAGGGGGGACAAGUCGAGGCGUACGCUUCUGCGUUGGGGCUGGCUGCUGCUGGCUACCCUGCUGUGAUUUCGAUCCUCUCACUCUCGGGGUCGUUUCCCACGCCGGAAAACUCCGGCGCCAACAUCUCGCUGCAACUUGCAGCUCACCUUGUCGGCGAAAACCAGGUGCAGCAUGUAGCUGUGGGCCUCCUCAAGACCGACUCGCUCACAUCGUACGUGGACAUUGUGGCCGGCUUUGCAGUUUCGAUGUCCGAGGUCACCCAGAUCAUGGUCAAGCGCCUGGCGGACCCAAGCCUUGCGCCGCAGCAGUUUGGGCCCAACGUGGCGGUUGUCGCCGGAUUUGUCUUCAAGUGGUUCCGCCCCUCCUCCUGCCGCUGGCCGAACCUGGAUGCGUGGACGAUUGCGUCGCCCGAGCUGCGGAUGUGCUUGAUGGUGGUCGACAAAGCGUUCACCGUUCUCCACGGACCCCACAACGAGACGGUCGAGGCGCUACCUGGUCAUGUUGCUGUCGUUGUCACCAAGGCUGUGACCGAUGUUGAGGUUGACGACACGGGCGUGACUACGGCCCACUUUGACGACGUGGCGGCCCGGCUGAAGAAGCUCCAUGCCGCGGGCAUUGUCCAUGGCGACGUCCGCCGUAGCAACAUUGUCUUUGGCAACAACGGCAAAGGUUACCUCAUUGACUUUGACCUUGCGCGGCCGGUCGGAACCGUGUACCCGGCACGUCUCCGUGUGGUGCGCGACGGGUCACGCGCGCCUGGUUGUGUCAACUCAACAGCCAUCAUGGCGGUUGCGCACGACGUAUUUGCGUUGGGUGGCGUGAUGGAGCUGUACCAAGCCGUCGACAAUGGCAGACAGAGCGAGUGGAUCGCUCUCGUCGAAUCGUUGAAAGCGGAGGAGUACGGUGCCGCGGUCGGCAAGCUGCCGAGCGAGUGGCCAAGCCCGCCGUUCCUGCUGCAGCGCACCAGGUCCGCCCGCAGCAAGUCGUGGUCACGCGGAACUGGGUCGCCGUAAACAACUACCAUGGCC